AUGCAAAUCCGCUCAAUGCCGGAGAGUGACGGUUUCAGUGACGGCACUCGCAACAUUGCCACUUGGCAGUCCAUGCACCCACCCACCUGGCUUGCCGCGGGCCGUAGCCACACGAACGAGGUACCACCACACACUUUCUGGCACACACUUCCUGCUGACCCGUCCCAAGCUCGGGAUCUUGGGCAUCCAGCCAGACAAGCCAACGCGCCUCAAGUGACACCUGCACUGCACACACUGGUGGUCCAACUGUCCCGCAGGGCGGGGAGGAGCGCCAAGGGUGGCCCCGUCAGGCUUCCAGACAAUACCGAGUGGAGUACGGCAACCAUCGCCAGCCAUUCAAGUCGUGACACUUCAGGCGCUCUGGAGCUGCACCCUGCAGGCGGUGCAUGGGUGUCUGGCGGCGAUUGGCGACCUGGAUCGCCUGGCCCAGGUAUUCAUGGUAUUCCAGACUUAGCCAAGACGGCGGGUGUGGGCCAGCGUGCGCCAGGAAGGACACUGGCAGCGGCUGGCCCAAUCCCCAAGGUGAACCUGAUCCCAGGCACGAAGGCGGUGAUCGUCAGCGCACCAUCCCCAACCCUCCACCGUUAUGCACGUCCUAAACGACCGUCCCAGCAACGCGCCGACGCAGCUAAGCUCUUUGGGGUUGAGAAUUGA